AUGAAUCAGUGCUAUUCAGGAACCAAAAUUUAUUUUAGAAAAUUCUUCUUACCUAUUUUGAUAAUACUCUGUUACAUCACUCAUGUGAAGGCCCAGUUAGAUGGGUACUGGCGGAUGAGUGUCAGAGAAAGAGCAGAAGCACUCGGCUUUGAAUAUGAGGAAUAUCAGGUCCCCACUGAGGAUGGUUACAUCUUAUCUCUGAUGAGAAUUCCAAGUGGACCUGAAAGUCCAUCAGAUACCACAAACAAAGAACCAAUCCUGUUGUCUCAUCCUUCAUUUGAAACUGCUGAAACGUUUACAAGACUUGGAGGAGUUUACUCUCCAGCAUUCUAUCUUGCCAACCAAGGAAAGGAUGUGUGGCUCUAUAACCUGCGUGGAAACACUUACAGCCGGCAGCAUGUUAGCUUGAAUCCAUCUAUUGAUGAUGAAUAUUGGGAAUUCUACAUUGAUACAAUAAGAUUUGAUUAUAUGGCUUGUGUAGAAUUUGUACUUGAGACAACUGGGUAUUCUCAGACAACUAUUUUAGGUCAUUCUCUUGCAGGAGCAACAUUAGCAACUGCUCUAGCACUGGAGCCAGAAUAUUUUGGGCCAAGAACAUCUCUUGCUAUUUUGAUUGCUCCAGCUUUGAUGAUGGCUCAUACUAAUGCUCCCCUAUAUGCCGUACUGGGAGCUUGUCCAUGGAUACUCGAGCUUAUGAGACAUUUAGGUGUUAAUGUUUUUAGAGAAAACAACAGUGUAAUCAGAUGGGUCUUUUAUCAAUCUUGACUUUUGAUUCACCCUCUAUGUACUGGGCUUACAGCUUUACUUUCCGAUGAAGAAAAUCCAUCUGCUCUUGAUAAUGAUUCAAUGGAUUUCUUUCUGGCAAGAACUUCUAAUGGAAUCGGAAUCAGAUUACUCGAGCAUUUGUUUCAGAGUGUUAGAACUUCACAGUUCACUUACUUUGAUUUAGGUGUUGAUGAGAAUCUUGAAGCGUAUGGAACAGAACUUCCUCCUCAAAUUCCUUUAGAGAAUACCAACACUUCACUAGCUCUUAUGUGGGGUGAAUUUGAUGGCUCUAUUACUCAACAAGAUGCACAAUGGAUUAGAAGCAGGCUGGAAGACAAUAUUAUCUUUGAUAAUAUAUAUGAAGACCAAACACAUUUAUCAUUUCUGGUUGGCAACAACAUCGAAGAAUAUCUCGACGACAUAAUCCAAUUAAUGUCAGAAUACCAAACUCCAAACCCUAAUGCUUAAAACCUUUUUAAAACUCUAUUCAUUGUAAACUUUCAAUUU